AUGGCACCAGAUAUACAUCCCCACGUCCCCACAGCUCCCUCCUCCACAUCCGACAAAGAAAGCGACAAUGACAACACAAGCACAGCAACCGCGAAGCCAGAACCCCAAUCAGCAGAAUCCAGCUCUAGGACUAGCAUAACCCUCUCAUCCCAGCUGAACCAAGAAUGUAACGAGCUACUCUCCCAGAUCGACAGCUAUCAAUCCCUCCUCGCAUCCACACUGCGGAACCCACAGCUCGUCGAGGUACGCCAAUUCCGCUCCAGCGUAGCCUCCGAGCUCAAGAUGCUGGAGAAGCUCGGACGACAGAUUAAAGAGGCAAUCGGAGAGACAAGUACAGGACCAGAAACAAGUCAAACGGAAGAUGGGGUGACGACACAGACACGUCCGAAAGAGUCGCGUGACCCUGAUCUAGAAAUGCGAUUGGUACAUGCGCUUCGCUCGUCCAAUUUGCCGUUCUACCAGGCUGUCUGGAAAAUCGCGAGGGGGUCUUGUUCUGGGUUGGUUGCGCUAGGGAAGAGGUUUUACUGGGGUGGGGAGACGAAGGCGACGGAGAGGAUGAGUGCGAGUGGGAAAGGGAAGGCUGGUGGCGUGGAGAAGCAACCCAACAAAGAUAAGCGCAAGAGUGUGUUUGUGGAUGUUGUGGCUGAUAAUGGGGAGGAGUGGGUGAAGGUGUCUACUAUGUCGGAAAGCCGUCUUUUGUUCGAGAUGGCGAAGAAGGGCUGGGAGGGUGAUAGUGAUGAGGAUGAAUGGUCCGAUGGGGGUAAAGGGCGGACUAUUCUACAGAAUUUUGAGGAAGAUGACUAUGGGGACGAAGAUGAUGAGUUGGAGCUCAUCAAGUUGGCCCGGGAUCUAAGGAAGGCGUCUGAUGCCACGCGCGUUAGAUAUAGACAUCCUCGGCUACGGGUUGUUAUACCUAAGAUUGAAGAGGGAAGUGUUCCUGAAAUUGACGCUGUCUUAAACGAGAUGCGGAGCUAUGGUAUUCAGGUUGACUGUCAGGGGAGUUUGCUAGCAGAGACUCGCACCGGGCUAGCCCAUCUCCUGCCUCAACCGUUCAAAAACUUCACCUCGACUCUCAAUGUCGACUGCACUUUACUCCUUGCCUUGGUGUCUGACCUGUCUCACGUCAAGGAUAUCCCACUAUCACCCCAUUUCCAUAGAGCCAUCAUUCGACAAAUCGAAGUUGAGCGGGAAAAGCCACUGCUCACUUCCGAGCUCUGGCCGGCAAUGGAUGGUCGUGAGCUUCUAUCCACCACAGAAGCCGCCGUGCGCUUCCGGGAAAUUGUCGAGACCAUUGGGACAGAGACAGAGAAGAGCCGGACUCGCAUGUUGCUGGGAGACCCGCCAUACGAACAACUCGAUCGUGAGGCUCUUCUGCAGAAGUUUCAAGAAUUGUCUGAUUACCAGGUGCCCGCACGUUGGAAACUCCCCAUCAAAGUGGUUGAAUCCCAGCAAGCGAUUGAUGCGGGAAAGACACAGGGUAACCUUCAUCCAGUGGUACAUGAAGUUGGGAAAGACCUAUCGGAUAUAAACCAUAGCGUGUUUUUGUACGGCUGGGUCACCGGUUUGACGACCAUUUCCAGCAAUCGCACAAUCGACAAGCAAAUCGAGGCCACCGUUGAGGACAACCGGAAAGGCGAUGAUGGCCUAGAAGGCCCUGACGUUUGGAUCUGUGACACGGCAAGGAGUUUGGUGGGCAAAGACAAAGAUCGGAAAGUAUAA